AUGUUUCGGCAACUUUCUCACUUAAACGUCAAACUUUCUCAUAAACGUAAACAUGGCGAGUGAUUCAGAUGAUUUUGAUAAAAAUAUAGAAAAUUUGAAAAGCAGCGUUAGAGCGUCAUUUGCUCGAGUAUAUGCAACUUUAAAAGCUCGGGAAUUAAAAACUUUACGACAAUUAGAUGCUAUAAGUAAACAAUGCCAAGACGACAAAGACUUGAAGCGGAAUUGUGUUCAAAAUAUUCAUAUAUGUUUCAAUAACGAGUCCACACUAUUAGAGAAUGUAAGUAAUUAUGGUGUUAUUGAUUUUGAGAAACUGAACUUUGAUAGUAAUACUUUUACACUAGAAGAUUAUGUAAACCCUGAGGAUGACCAUAUGUACUCUUAUAAAACUAUUGAGGAGGUGACUAAGGAGGUUGGUGAAAAAGAGGCGGACAUAGAGGCUAUAGAGGAGGCUGCUUUGAAACAGAUAACUGCCACAGAAAACUGUGUAUGUUAUGUAAAUAUUAAGUCAGAGGAAGUGUCGAAAAAGUUUAGAAACUUAGAAAUUAGUUCAUCACCAGUCAAACUAUCUGAGAGUGAGACAAACCAUAGUAGUUUUGAUAACAAUGAGAUUGAAUGUCUGAACUGUCCAGAGAGUAUUGUGGAAGAUAAUGAAAGUGACAGUUCUGAUGCAGACGUAAAGAAAAUAGAUCCGACAGACGAUUGGUUGAACUCAAUUAAAGGUCAGACUGAAACAGAACCGUCGCAAAUAACUGAUGUAAUGGAACACAGUACUAUAGCUUGUUUAUAGCAGAACUUAGUAGUGAUAUUGAUAUGAAUUUACAUUUU